AGACAACUUGACAUGCUGAAACCACUUCUUCUCCAAACAACGUCUUCACCAAACUAAAAGCGUCUGCGCUCUUAAACAAGCUAAAUUGUUCUUCUUCGACGCAUCAAGGAUGGAAACUGAGGACUCAGUAAUUCAAUUAGCCUCUUGGGAGCUGCCAGUUUUUUCGUCGAAAGCACAUGUCUUUCAAAUCGACCCAGCGACGAAGAAAAGCUGGAUACCUUGCUCUAAACAGGCUGUUACCGUCUCAUUUUAUUAUGACAAGACUAAGGAAACACAUCGUAUUAUUUCUGUGGAUGGAACCAAGGCCAUCAUUAACAGCACUAUAUUUCCCAACAUGAAUUUCACCAAAACAUCCCAGAAGUUUGGCCAGUGGUCUGACCCUAAGGUGAACAGUGUCUAUGGAUUAGGAUUUCCAUCUGAGGCAGAAUUAAAUAAGUUCGCAGAAAUGUUCAAAGAAGCGAGAGGAUCCACUUCAUCUCUAGCUAACACAAGCAGACCAUCAAGUGGCACAUCAUCACCACAAACCACUGGAAUAUCAACAAACACUUCUCAAAUUAAUGGUGUACGAGACUCCCCCACACCACAGGGAACCCAUACAUCAUCCAUGAAGAGUGGCUCUUCAACCAGCAGUAAUGAGGAAGAAAGAGAAGGUAUCAGCCAUAAACCAGUUGGCAACACAGAAGCACAGCUGAAAUAUGAGAAUGAUAGGCUYAAGAUGGCUCUUGCACAGAGCUCAACAAAUGCCAAGAAAUGGGAAACAGAGUUACAAACAUUAAAAAAUAACAAUGCAAGAUUGACUGCAGCAUUGCAGGAAAGUACUGCAAAYGUAGAGGAAUGGAAGAAACAGUUGAAUGCUUACAAGGAAGAAAGCUUGCGRCUGAGAAAAAAGGUACAGGAGAUGGAGUCAUCUGAUGUCAAUACUGACAUGUUUAACAGCUUGACACAGGAUAAAAUGGCUUUAGAAGGCAGAAUAAUUCAUUUAGAAAGUGUAACAAGAGAAAGAGAAGAGGAGGUAGCAUUGUUAAGACACACCAAUACAGAACUCACUAGCCAAGUAAAGGUUAGUAUAAUUAUCUUUUUUAAAAAAUCAUCAUUUAUUCUGACUUAUAAGAGGCAAUUUUAAAGGAGGCAAUUUUUAAUUUUUUAAUUUAAUUUUAAUCUUAAAAGAGGCUGGGAAUUUAAAGACAAAUGCUUUUCUGACAACAUUGUCGAGAACAACUGUGACAAAGAGAGGACAUUUUGAAUUUUUAAUAUAUUUGAGUAAUCCAGUACUCAUCACUGAACUUCUAUUGUUGUUAUUUGUCCAUCAUUUUUGCAAUCAGUCACAUAAUUUGUUCCAAUCAAUGCAUGAAAACCCAAAUAUUUUAUCUUUAUGGAGAACUCAGUUUGGAGAGUUUUUCCAGGAGUUCUCAAUAAAGAUAAAUUAUAUAAAGAUUGGCUUUAACCAAACUAUUUUCAACAUAUUCUCAGCUUAUUCCUUCCUUGGGCACAUCUCUAUAUCAAGUAAAAUCAUACAAAUUUUUAUCAACUAACACAGGUGUGYCGAGAAGAAAAUGAGGGWCUCCAGAAGAAAGUACAAGAWCUUGAAGUGAAGUUAUCAGAAUCAAACCUCCAGGCAUCUGCAGAGCAGUUAAACUCCCUUCAUCAGGCAAUUAAAUCAAAGCUAGAUGAAUUAAAUACAUUAAAUGAAAGUAUCCCUACAAUGGUAAAGAACUCCUGAAGAAUCAAAUAUAAAGAUUUAUUUGCAAUUAUUAAUCCGAAAUCUACAAAGCUGUUAAUUAUAGUUAUUUUCUAUAAUAGUUUAUAGGGAUGUCUUUGUCUUCAAUAGAAAUAAGACACAUAGUGUUUCGCAUUAUAUCGGACGCAGGGUGCAUUAUUGUCAGUUUGCGGUGUGUGUCUUGGAAAUGAGGCCUCUCAGGUGUCUAUAAAUAAGGUGUGUCUGAAAGGGUAUCUGUCUUCCAAAUUUACAUCAGUCUAAGCAUGACCUGAUUUUGGGUAACAAAGAGAUUGUGUGAGGUGUGAAUCAAAGGGAAGUCYUAAGGGUCUUUGUUCUUGGUCAGUUAGGAGUCUUUAUCUCUGGAGAUGUCUGGCUUAUCACAAUAGAGCUCUKAGAGACUUCCUCACAGCRUACUGGCUGGCUCUUUUUGGGGGGAGGGGAGGGGGCUGGAAGAAUGGUAAGAGAAAAAGGAGAAAGUUCCUCCUCCCCCCUUCCCACAAAAACUGCCAACUACUCAGCCUGUAUCUGUAWUUGAGAGACAUCCAUUGCUGUGUGUCGUGUGACAAGUUUAUAUCCAAACAAAAUGAUAGUGUUAGUGACAUGGAUUAUUAUUAAUAUAUAUAUAUAUAAAUAGUUAUUAUUAAUUUGCAUGUUAUGUAAUUAUUAUGAUUUAUGCAUAAAGUCUAAAUUUUGGAAACGCCAUAGCCAUUGUCAUAUAAAUGGAAAUUUAGUUUUCCAUUGUUAUGUUCAGCGUGUAAUCUUCCAUAUUGUGAGAAUGAAAUGAGAGGCUAUCAUUAUCCAAUCAUCAUAUCCAAAUAUUCUUAUAAUAAUUAUACAACAUGUAGUUCCUUAUUUGUACUAAUUCCAUGGCAUGUAAUUAAAUUUCAAAAUCAAAACAGGUGUAUUUUGAAGGCAUUAAUGUUUAUGCUUUUGCCUAGAAGGGCGUCAAAUUUAAGGGUAUUUUUCAUAAAAAUUAUUAAAACUCACAGAUAAUUUGUACUAAUAAGUUAGUAGCAAUACAUUCAAAGGGAAAUUCAAUGGUAGAGUAAAUACCAUAUAACCAAGAAAUACAUGUCUAAAAAUGUAUCAUCUAGUUUGCAGUAGUAUAUAAGAAUUGUUAAACCAGUGUGGUAGAGUGCAAGUGUUUGACCAGUGUGCAAGUCUCUCAGUUAUCAUAGAAGCAGUGAAAUGUGUCAUUGAUAUAUGACAUGCACUCUGGGUCAAUAUGAUUGUAGAUAGGUCAUAAUAUGAGUGUAACAAUUGAGUCAAAAUGCAGAAAAUGUAAAUAUAAUAAUACUAAAGAUU